AUGGCUCGCGACCGUGACGGCCUCCUCUCCGAGAAACAUUACGACGACGAUGCCUCCAUUGUAGCCUCCGAUCCCAACUCGGGGUCUGACACGGAGGGAGACAUAGGCGCGGAGCCAGUGACAGAUCACGACAGAGACGUGCUUGAAGAGAAUGAAGAACAGGAGAGGUUGUUGCGCAAACCUGGAAGGUUUCAGGCCGCUCGAGACGCCUUGAGGCUGCACAAGGGCAGUAAGGAUGGCGGCAGCGGCAGCACUCGUCAAAGGAGUCGAAGCAAAAGGUCUAGACGGGGUAGAGAAACGUCUGAUAUGAUAUUCGAGAUGGAAGGUGGUUUCAAGGAUACAAGCUCCCAGUCCUCCCUGGACGCUUUCGACUUGGAUGGCACAAAUUGGGAGGGGAAGCCUCCGCGACAACCGCGUCGUGGCCGCCUCGCCCUGAUACACGUUGCCAUCAUUGGCCUCUUCGUGGCUCUAGUCUUCGGUGCAUAUAAGGCUUCACGCAAACACACACUGUCGCCGACGGCACACCGACUCGCCAAGUUGAACAAUGGCACACACAUCUUCCGACCCACGACGAUCCUGAUCUCUUUGGACGGCUUCCGCGCCGAUUUUCUCAAUCGCAACAUUACCCCCGCCCUGAACGCAUUCAUUGCAAGCGGCGUCUCCCCGAAGUUCAUGCUUCCAUCUUUUCCUUCCGUCACUUUCCCCAACCAUUUCACCCUCGUCACAGGCCUCUACCCUGAGAGCCACGGCAUCGUCAGCAAUCAAUUCUGGGACCCUGAAUUCGAGGAGGAAUUCUAUUACACCGACCUCAGCGUGUCGAUGCAACCCAAAUGGUGGACAGCGGAGCCGCUCUGGGUGACGGCUGAACAUCAAAAAGUUCGAUCUGCGAUCCAUAUGUGGCCCGGAUCUGAAGCACAUAUUCCGGAUGUCAACCCAAGCUAUCUAGACAAGUAUAACGGCUCAGAGGCGCUACCUCGAAAGGUGGAGCGGCUGUUACACUGGCUCGAUCUUCCAGGCGAUGAUGACGAUGCUGAUACAGACGCCGAGCGAAGACCGCAAUUCAUUGCCGCGUAUGUCCCCAAUGUCGACGCAGAUGGGCACAAGUACGGUCCGAAUAGCACAGAAAUUCGUGCUACAAUCGCCGACGUCGAUAGUAUGCUCACUAUGCUCGUCGAAGGACUCUAUGCCCGGAAUCUGACCGAAAUCGUCAACAUUGUCAUUGUCUCUGACCACGGAAUGGCAACGACCUCGACGGAACGCCUUAUACAGCUUGACGAUAUUAUGGACGUUUCCCUGAUCGAUCACAUUGACGGUUGGCCACUGAGGGGGUUGCGUCUGAAGGACCCAGAACGAGACCUGGCAAGUCUAUACAAGCAUCUGUCUGACGAGGCAGAAAUAUCCGGAAGCUUCGAGGUCUACACCCUUGAAACAAUGCCGGAGCGAUACCACUUUUCCAAUAACCCCAGAAUUGCCGAGCUUUGGAUUGUUCCAAAGACAGGCUGGGCUGUUGUGACAAAGGAAAACUUCGAUGUCGCCGACGCCCUUAGGACCGGGAAAGACUACUCGCCCAAAGGUCUUCACGGCUACGAUCAUGAACAUCCUUUAAUGCGGGCGAUAUUUGUGGCUCGCGGUCCUGCAUUUCCCCAUGCUGCCAACAGCCGCUUGCCGAUCUUCCAGAACAUUGAAGUGUACAAUAUCGUCUGCGACUCAUUAGGCAUCGCGCCUCAUCCAAAUAAUGGGACUUUGAGACUUCCUCUGAAGCCCGAGGGUCUACAUAGCGACCCUGGUCAGCCUGAGCUGGAAACGCCUGCAGAUCCUGGUGAUGAUGUAGAGGGAAAAGAACCCGAGGCUGUGCACGAUAACGAUUCAGAUGCUGCAGACGAUGCUGCAGAUGCUGGUGCUGGGAACGAGCCGUCUGAAGAGGACGAUGACGAGGCCGCUCCCGAUAGAGGGAAGGGCAAAUGGUGGGAGUUCUUGCACAAUCAGUUACAGAAGGCCAAAGAAUGGGCCAAGGAGUUUGUCCAAUCUAUUAAGGGCAAUAAAAAGGGGGCAGGUGACCCUCCAGUCUGA